AUGUCAUUUGUCCACCUACCUACAGAAAUCAUUCUCAUGAUUGAGAGCUACCUGGACUCCAAGAAAGACCUCAAUGCCUUGAUUCGCACGAGCCCACGUUUCACGACCAUGUUUGGCGAAAAGCUCUACAAGGCCAAUACGGCACACGAACACAAUUAUGUUAUCCUGUGGGCAGCUAAGCGAGGCCUCGAUGGCACCAUCCGCAAGUGUAUCAAGGCCGGCGCCAAGAUUACGCUGCGAGAUCGAUUCCGAUCUCAUUUGAGAAAUACCAAUGCUCCCGAGAUUAUGAACGUCAUCCCACGACACCCGAAAUCACACCCAUUGACUGUAGCAGCCGAAAUUGGUUCGAUGUCUUGCGUCCGUCUUCUCCUUAACCAGGGUGUGAAUCCCAACAUCCUCGACGAACACUACGAAACCCCGAUGAGACAGGCCGCAGGAAAUGGCCAUGUGCACAUUGUUCAGUAUCUACUUGGGAGGUAUGAAGGUGCGUUCGUGGGUGCCUUCAAGCUGCGACGGCCCCUUCACCUUGCCGCAGCUCGAGGCCAUAUGGACGUACUCAAGGCUCUGUUUUCUUUCCUUCAACGUCCUCGUCAAUUCCUCGCCGUCAAAGAAGCUGCACAGAUUAUCCUGUACGAGGGGCUCUGGCACUGCAAAGAAGAUGUGGUCAAAUAUGCACUCCAAAAUGGUGCCGAUGUGAAUGACGAAAGUCUCACCCCGACCUUGCGGUUCGCUCCAGAUGUAUGUGCGAAUGAAUUGCCUCAUAGACCACGACCCAGACUCCUUCAAGCGCAUAAAACUAGGGAACGAAUUCAAGGCAUCGAAACCCCUGGUUGGUCAGCCGAGAUAUCGAAUACACUCUACGCUGCGCUCAUCGGCGGUGAUGAAAACCUGCUUCGAUUGAUCUUUGACCAUGGCUGUGACCUUGCUCGGCUGGGGCCCGAGGCCCUACGCUACGCAAUUCUCCGUAGAGAGCAUAGACUCAUCUCUCAAUUGAUGGGUAUGGGAAUUACCUUCACCCCUAAGGUCCUUGGUAAGGGUCUCGAAAAUGAAUCACUGGUUUGGGAACACAUGAUGAGGAAUAUCCUGAACGAACUAGGGUUUGAGCAUUGA